AUGAGUGUCAAAAGAAGGGUUUGGCUCGGAACAUUCGAGACGGCCGAGGAGGCCGCUCGUGCCUACGACGAGGCGGCCAUCCUAAUGAGCGGCCGCAACGCAAAAACGAACUUUCCGGCGCCGCCCAAUCGCGAAACCUCCGCCACUGCCACGUCAUCGUCACUGUCGUCCACGUCAGCAAAAUCGUCUUCUCUCUCCUCCAUCUUGAGCGCGAAGCUCCGCAAAUGCUGCAAGUCCCCUUCUCCUUCCCUCACUUGUCUCAGGCUCGACAACGAGAGCUCGCAUAUUGGCGUUUGGCAGAAACGGGCCGGGUCGAGAUCCGAGUCCAGCUGGGUCAUGACUGUCCAGCUCAGCAAAAAUAACUUUAGUAAUAAUAACAAUAAUAGUAAUGGUCAAAGUCUGGCGGUUAUGGAGAAGCCGGCGGACGACGUGGUGGUGCCGCAGCCGGAGGCGGCGGCGGCAGCGGAGGGAGUGAGGGGAGGGAUUGACGAGGAAGAAAGGAUUGCGUUGCAGAUGAUUGAAGAGCUUCUUAACAGGAAUUGA